ACGGCAUAUUGGGUUUGGUCGUCUUCUCUUCACCAGAUGCCUGUCAGAAGGUAGACAAGCUGAGCUCACCUUAAAGCUUCUCUUGAUUAGUUUGAUAAAUCGAUCAAUUAGUCAGAUAGAUAUUGUGUAUGGUGAGGACCUAGAGCAUCAACAGGGGAGCAGGUUGAAUUCUUUAUUUUCUAUUUGUCGUUCUUCUCCUCUGAGACAGAAGCAUCAGAUGACAGAAUGACGUCGGGUGCAUGUCAGCAGUAACCCCUUGGGUGAGGGAUGGAAGAGUUCUGCCUUCCAGACGGUGAGGAAGCAUCGCAAAGGCAUCACCGAGAAGAGGAGCCGAUAGAUGCACAUCACCUCUACCCCUUCGGCUCCCCGGUCCCGUUCCACACCCUCACUCACCUGGGAUCGGUGACCAAUGGACCAGAAGCACCAAAGACGUCCGGGUGGGCCAGACUUGAGCUGGGGUUCCAGGGAUGUCAGCAGCCAAUCACAGCCAGGGAGCCCGGUAACGCCCCCUCAGACCAGACCAUCACCAUCCUACACGCCAAGGUGGCACAGAAGUCCUAUGGCAACGAGAAGCGGUUCUUCUGUCCUCCUCCCUGCGUCUACAUCAGCGGUCGAGGAUGGAGGCUUAGGCCUGACGACACCAAAGCACCUGGCUAUGGGGACAGCCGAUACGGUCUGAUUGGCUACAUGUGCCUCGAUAGCUCCGCCAACUCCCUGGACGACACCUUCAAACUAGCCUUCGAUGACCUCACCAACCACAGGAUGUUUGCCAGUGCCAAGUCCCUGUACAUCUCAGACCAGGACAAGAGGAAGCACUUCCGUCUAUUGCUCCGCCUCUUCUUGUCUGGACAGGAAGUCGGUUCCUUCCAGAGCAGGAUGAUCAAAGUGAUCUCUAAACCUUCCCAAAAGAGACAGUCCAUGAAGAACGCCGACUUGUGUAUCUCGUCCGGCUCCAGGGUCGCGCUGUUUAACCGGCUCCGCUCCCAGACCGUCAGCACACGCUUCCUGUCAGUGGACCGGCACGCCGCGGUGGCCAGCAGCCGCCAGUGGACUGCCUUCACCAUCACCCUGGUACAGGGUCUGGACCAGGGAGACUAUAUUCUGAGUGAGGGCUUCAUCUGCUACAGCUCUGUGGUCAAGCUGGUCUGUACUGAGACUGGAGUAGCCCUACCACCCAUGGUGAUCCGUAAGGUGAACAAGCAGCAUGCCAUCCUGGAUGUGGACGAACCUGUCUCGCAGCUGCACAAGUGUUCCUUCCAGUUCAGAGAAGAGGCACACUCCUACCUUUGCCUCUCCAACGACACCCUGAUACAGCACCAGGGCUCCUUCUCCUCCAAUGACCCAGGCCGGGUGGUGCUGAGCGACGGCUGCUGUUGGACCAUCAUUGGUGUGGAAGCGGUGGAGUUCUCCUUUAACCAGAACCUUGCUCCCCUCCACUCCCUUGUCAGCCCUGUUCCUGUCAUCACCGGCCUACAGGUGAGUGGAGGAGGUCAUGUUGCUACUCUGGAGGUCCAGGGAGAGAACUUCACUCCUCAUCUGAAGAUCUGGUUCUCCUGCCAGGAGUCAGAGACCAUGUUUAGGUCACCUAAGUCCAUGCUGUGCGUCAUUCCGGACGUCUCUGUGUUCGGCGAGUCCUGGCGUUGCAUGCGCCGGGUCAUCACCGUGCCGCUGUCUCUGAUGCGGUCGGACGGUCUCAUCUAUCGCUCUUCCUACAGCUUCACCUACACCCCCGAGCUCCAACCACCUCCUCCUGCCCGAGGAGCAGGAGGAGCAGGAGGGAGGAGGAAGGAUGGAGGGAUGGAGAGAGUAGAGGAGGAUGAUGCACUACUCGAAUCCAUCCAUCAGGAGUUCACUAGAGCUAACUUUCACCUGUUCAUGCAGAGCUAGCUAAUAAACACCAAAAAACAUGGUAAAGUCUAGCUCGCCGUCAGCUAACUAUCUAACAGCAUGCUAAAUGCUAGCUAGCUGGCUGAAAGCUUACUAGCUAGUUAGCCAGCCUGUUCACCUCUUUUAUCUGGGAGAUAUCAGGAAGAAGUAAGAACUGAGGCACUAAGGCACUUGUCUUUGGUGACCAUGUAACCAGUGUUUGGUGACCGGUGUUUGGUGACCAAUGUAACCUGAGUUUGGAGACCUUGAUUACCAGUGUUUGGAGACCUUGAUUACAAGUGAUUGGAGACCUUGAUUACCAGUGUUUGAAGACCUUGAUAACAUUGGCAUGCUUUGAGAUAGGUUAUAAAAGUCAGACAUUUGUAUCAGACCAUGUUUAAGUAUUCCAAUUGACUCUAAUUUGGUGGGGAAACAUAAUUUAUGAUAAUAUAAAUAUAUACAAAUAUAGAUCGAUGUAUUAUUUAAUUGUUGAAAGCCGGAUGAAAGAGGAAUGCAUAGGCCUAUUGAACUAAGAAUACCAUGUUGUGUUCCCAGACUAUCGAGAAAACCAAUACACGGGAAAGACUAAUCUGGCAUAAUCCAACUCAUGCACCUCACCCCCCUUCAACCGCAUCCCUUUGAAGACCGGCUGCUCUUUAAUUUAAUAUGAAACAGAACAAAGGAAAGCAUCAACUGAACCAAAAGACUGAAUGUCGACCCAAAAACGAAUGCUGUUAGCACCACAAGACUGCCAACACCGAGACAACGGUCUUGUUUGCUUUCAUUAGGGUUGACGUUCAUAUCAAUUUAUAAUGAAGAACAAAAAAAAAUAUUUUAGAUGAAAUGUCUUGUCUCUUGUGGUUUGUAUUUAUGUGUGUGCAUGCUUCUCUGCACGUGCGUGACUGUCCAUGUGUGUGUGGGUGUUUCCCAAGUGUGUGCUUGUGUUUGUGCGCGUGCGUGCAUGUGAGUGCUUGCAUGUGGGUCAAAUCGGUUGUCCCUCCACUGCACUCCACCCCAGAACCCCUGUGAGCCAGACAGACCCGGACUUCAAACCCUCACCCCUGACCUUUGACCUAUGACCCGACAGUCAACAGCCUGUAGACAGUGCUUUUCUCUUCACCAGCACCAGAAGGGUCUUUCCAGGUUAGUGCUGCAGCACUGAUCAGCACACAGUAUCCUGUAUGAAGAAACCAAAAGAUUUUGUUUAAAUCACUCACUUGUGAUGCUAGUUACGCUAGCAUCACAAGUGUUUCAUUUUAAAUGUAACGGUAACAUUAAUGUUAAGGUUAAUAGAGGUGCAGCUUAAACCUGAGUGAUUCGGAUCACAUGACCAUGACGCUACCUUCACCAUCUCUCUUCUCCCCUCAGUCUCUCUCCUCAGUAGCCGCUCCUCAGAGUGGAACAGUCCAACUCAUACCUCCUCCUCCUCCCCCUCUACCUUCUCCUCCUCUUCCUCCCCCUUCCUUCUCUGUUUCCUCCUCCUCCUCCUCCUCUCUCCUCCUGGUACGACUACCAGGAGUAAGGUGGUCUAAUCUCUGUCAUGGGGUCCAGACUCCAAAAACGGGCUCACGCGGCCUAUUUUCUUCUUAACCCUCCUACUCCUCCCUCCUCCCCCCUCCAUCUCUCUCCUCCCCGCUCUCUCCCACGCCUCCUCCCCUCCUCUCCCUCCUCCUUCUUCAUCACCCCAUACCUUCAUACUUUCUCUCCUCCGUCCUCCCACAGUAUGAAAAGCUUCAAUCUUCGGCUAGUUUCCAUGGAAAUACACAAUUUCUCCACCCAGCACUCCUCAUUCUACGGCCAAAUUAUCCUCAAAACUACAGUACUAGAGUAGUAGCGCUACCGCACUGCACUGCUAAAGUAGUAUAGCAUACAAACUACAGUACUACACAGCGUAUAUAAACUGUGUGUAUGUGUGCGUGAUUGUGCACAAGGUUAUGUGUAUAUAUGUGUAUCAGUGUGUGUCGGGACCCCUGGUUUGGUCCUCUCCGUGUGUGUGAGGGGCCCGUCUCCCCGGGGCCUCUGGCAUAGAUUACAGUGGAAUAUAAAGGUUCCCACUGUCCUGACUCUCCACCAAUCACAUCGCAGCUCCCAGCCCUCCCGGUCAUUCAGCACCUCACCAUCACCAUGAUGGACAGGAGGAGGGGGGGGGCGGGGGGGGGGGGGUAAAGACUGAGGGUAGGAGGAUCACACUGGACUCCACUGUUAACAUAAAACACACAAGACAGCCUGAAUGUUGGAAAUGUCAGUUAAUGUCGGGAUAUGGGUUUGAUGUUGGGGUUCAUCUCGAUUUGGGGCAAAUGAGGAUAAAUUGUGGAUAUUGAUGUCGAUAUUCUGGAUUCCAUAUUUCAAUGUAAAUAUUUCACUGUAAAAUGUAAAAGUGUCUCAUGAAUUACUAAACUGUAAAAUAGUAAA